ACAUCACAUUAAUUACAUCAAACUACAAUGUUUCUGUUUCCUUAACCAGGAUAAUAAUUUGGAACAGUACUGUUGAUCAAGCUGACCAACCAUGUUUCCUUUACAACGCGGCAAUGAGCUGGUGAUCCAAUUUUCUAAUGUCCUCCAACCGCAACACAAAAUCUCUAAAGAUCUCAUCCUGGAUGAUCACAACAGCGAUAAUUCUCCCCUUGUCGCUUAUUCAGACAAAAAAGUGCGUACUAGCCCCCCCAAUAAACUCUUUUAUGCGCCUGAAACCAGUCACGCUAAUUCUGCAGAAGAAGAAUACGCAAAGAAGAUGGUUCACAGAGAGAUUGAGAGGCAAAGGAGGCAAGAAAUGGCAACCCUUCAUGCCUCUCUUAGAUCCCUUCUCCCUCUUCCCUUCAUCAAGGGAAAGAGGUCGAUGUCUGAUCAAAUGAACGAGGCGGUGAAUUACAUAAACCACCUGCAGAAGAAUAUUAAAGAAUUGAGUGAGAAGAGGGAUAAGCUGAAGAAGAAAGUUGCCAUAAAUUCCAGCCUCGAAAGCCGUGAGAACAAGCAUGAAUCAUGUGGUUUCACUGUCCGCCAAACUAGUAGUGGAGCCGUGGGAAUCGAAUUCAGUGGAUUGAGUGAGGAAGGGGUUUCACUUUCUAAACUGUUGGAACUGUUGUUAGAAGAGGGACUUGAAGUUGUUUGUUGUCUUUCAACUAAAGUCAAUGGCAGACUACUCCACAGUUUGCAGUGUGAGGUUGUCAAUUCCGACACUGUAGAUCUGUCUGAGCUGAGAAGAAAAUUCUCCAAUGUAGUUCCAUCAUUUAGAGUUUCUGAAUAAAACUUUGGUUUGGAUAUUUCUAGGCUCA